CGGAGACUUCUCCGGCGCCCGCAAGCUCGCCUUCGCAGCGCAGCACGCCGGGAUGGAGGGUUUCGAUCAGAUGAUCGCCGUUUGCGACGUGCAUUGCGCGGGCAAGGAGGAUUGGUACAAGAUUCUCGGCGUCGCGGCGGAUUCCGACGAGGCCACCGUGAAGCGGCAGUACGGCAAGUUGGCGGUGACCGUCCACCCCGACAAGAACGGGCUUCCCGGCGCCAGGGAGGCCUUCGAGCUGAUCGUCCGAGCGAAAGCCGUGAUCGGUGAUUACGAGAAGAGGAUGGCCUAUGAUUCCAUGGUUAGGGCUAAGGCCAUGGCUGAUCGACCUACCUUCGGUUUUUCCCAGUUUCAAUCUAAUCAGAAAAAUUAUGGUUUUUCACGAUUUCAAGGGCAAGAUAAUGAUGAUGAGGAUUUUGGGGUUUCUAGGGUUUUGAACUAUCAGAAAGUUGAAUUGAGCGGGAAAGGCUUGUUUGACUCUGGAUUGACCAAUAGGGUGAAUGAGGUUUCUGCUUUACAAGGUCAAGGUCAAAGUCAAGGCAGUGGUCGUGGUCGUGGUCGUGGUCGUGGUCGAGGUCGUGGUCGUGGUCAAGCAAGGGUAAAUAAGGAAAACAAUGAUGUAACUAGUAAUGUUGUAGAUGGGGGAAGUGGUGUGGUUGGGGUUAAGAGGGGUCGAGGCAGGCCCCGAGGCUCGGGGUCGAAGGCAGCGUCGGCAUCUGGCGAUGCUGCCACGAAGAGGCCUCGAGGCUCGGGGUCGAUGGCAGCAUCGGGAGAUGCUGUCGCAAAGAGGCCUCGAGGCAAGCCUCCCGGCAGUGGGCGUGGUCGUGGACGUGGGCGUGGGCGUGGACGUGGACGAGGUCAAAGCACCAUUGUGGAAGUGUCUAGCGAAGAUGAAGAUGAUAACAAAAGCAAGGAGUCUCAUCCUCACACAGCAUCUGAAGCUAGCAAAAGCAAGGACUCUCAAUCUCACAUAGCAUCUCAAGCUGAAGCUGAUAAAAGCAAGGAGUCUGAUCCUCGCACAGCAUCUGAAGCUGACAAAAGCAAGGAGUCUCACCGUCGAAUGAGGCCGGAUUCGAAGAUGCUCGAAUACACGGAUGCAGAGUUUCACGACUUCGAGGGAGAGAGGAGCAGGGAGUGUUUCAAGGCAGGGCAGGUGUGGGCCGUCUACGACACGCUGGAUGCAAUGCCGAGGUUCUAUGCCAAGAUCAACGCCAUCCUGGACGACGGCCUCAAGCUGGAGAUCACGUGGCUGGAGCCUCUGCCCGAAGACGAGGAGGAGAAGAGGUGGCUGUACAAGGGGCUGCCAGCGAGCUCGGGGAGAUUCAAGCAGGGCUACAGCGAGGUGGUCCAAGACUACCGUGUGUUCUCACAUCUGGCCAAGUGGAAGAGGGACGCCAUACUGAAGAAGGUGUACGCCAUCCGGCCUCAGAAGGGCGAGACUUGGGCCGUGUUCAAGAAGUGGGAGGGGCUCGGGUCGUCGAAGGGGAUGAAGUUUGGGGAGGGGGUGGAGUACGAGGUUGUGGAGAUCAUGUCGGGUUAUGAUGGGGAGAGGGGGGUGAGUGUGGGGGUGCUGGAUAGGGUGGAGGGGCAUGGGUGUGUGUUUGAGAGGAAAGAAGGGAAAGGGGAGGUGAUUGGGGCCAAGGAUCGGUUGAGGCUGUCUCACAAGAUUCCAUCGGUGUCCGUGUCUGUCGGGGGCAUGAGCUUCUUCGAGCUCGAUCCAGGUUCGCUGCCAAUCAUGCCGUAG